GUGAGGGUGGAGACGAGAUGGGGGGAAGCUGUGUGCAGAGUGAGGGGUGAGGGUGGAGACGAGAUGAGAGAGAGAGAGGGAGCUGUGUGCAGAGUGAAGGGUAAGGGUGGAGACAAGAUCAGAGAGUGAGAGAGAGAGAGAGAAAUUUCCUAUUUGCUGACUGACUUCCCAAAUGCCCCCAACAACUGAGGCUGGGCUAGUCUAAAGGUCGGAGCUAGGAACGCAGUUCAGAUCUCCCAUGUGGGUGAGAGACAGCCAACUAUUUGACUUGUCAUCAUCUGCUGCCUCUUUGGCUGUACAUUAUCAGGAAUCUGGAAUUGGUAGUGGAAAUAGGACUUGAACGUAGGCGCUCUGGUAUGGGGUGCAGUGUCUUGAGUACCGUACGAAAUGCCUGCGGUUAUGAGCUACUUUAAAACUAAUUUUCACUAUUUUCAUUUUAUUUGUAAGAAAAGAGAGGGAGACUGAGACAUACAAAGAUCUUCCAUAUGCUGGGUCACUCCCUAGAGGUCUGUAACAGCCAGUUCUGGGCAAGGCCAGAGCCAGGAACUCAUUCUGGGUCUCCCACAUGGGUGGCAGGAGUCUGAGUACUUGGGCUAUCCCGUGCUACAUCUCAGGGCAGGCGUUAGCAGGACACUACAAUGGGAAGCAGAGCCGGGACUCAAAUCCAGGCACUCCAGUAUGGCACAUGGGCAUUCCAAGUGGCCUCUUAAACAUCAUGCCAAAUGCCUGCCUCUGAUGAUCUAUUUUUAUAACCAGAAAGACAGGAACUGGUACGCAGAGAUUACGUCAAUGCUGCCUUCUGGCAUUUGCCUAAUUUCAGCAUAAUUUGGCAGUCUUUCUCCUGAAGAAUGAAGCUCAGUUGCUUAUUUGUAAGAAUUUUCCCUUAGUUGAGGUUACAACCUGCUUGGACAUUAAGAUAGGAUGUGGUUCACUGUCUAUGGAGACCCCUUCGGGCUGGACUCCUUGUUGAAGUAUGGCAGCUGGUGUAGGCCAGUUUAUUCCAGUUUAGCAAUCCUGGGGACUGUGACCUCAGUUUGGAGAGUUUUAUCUCUCGUGUGAAUUCUGUGUGUUCUUUGAGUUAAAUUUUGCUAAAUUGUUAUGUGCAAUAUUACCAGUUAAUUUUUUAAAAUGUGAAUCUUACCCUGCCAGGCCUUCUGCAUCCCUCCAGUGGUCCUUUGUCAUACUUAAGAGAUUCAUCAUUAAUCUUCAGCAUUAAAGGUGUGGAAGUUCUUCAGAAUUUGACCCCUGCUUGCUUUUACAACCUCGUUUCCCAACAGAUACUUCGUGAACAUCACCUGUUCUAAUUCUUACCGGCCCCUCCCAGAGGAUGCACAGGCAGUCUUCAUUUUGCACAGUAGUGCAGGACAGUAGCAGUGACCAGCAAGUUGAACUGUGCAGAAUGAUCCUGGUAAUCAGUGAGAAAAAUGAACAUUUCUAGGACCUAUAAAAGGUUUUGUUAAAACAUUAACAACACUCUUAGUUAUAAAUGGAUAGGGAAGUGAAAGUCAAGCUAAUAUUGAUUCAGUACACUGCUGUAAAGCAUUAGAAACACUGAGAUUCAAAACCCUAUCAAGAGUGGUUUAACCAGUGCCUGCCUUCCUCCUGUCAUAAGACAUACAGCAAGGAGCAAGCAUCUUUCCAUGCCUUGGUGACUUUCCAUGCUCCCUUUGAAAUUGGAAUUGGCAUCUACAGUUAAUCCUUGUGCUUUCAAUGUUGUGAACUAUUUUACAGAGUUCCUUUAAUGGGAAGUUUUUUUGCUGGCGUUACUUCUCUGGGAUAUCCUCGUCCUUCUCAUUUGUGUGUAGUGCCUUCCCUAAGCCCCUGUGGCUGGCCAGUGUCACGUGGAAUUAACAUUCACAUCAUCGGUGUUACUUCUAUACACCACAUGGAUGUUAGUGUUUCGUUUCUGCUCGGUCUCGUCCCGGUCAGCCAUUUCCCUCUUUGGAUUGCCCCUUUGCACACAUUGUCCAGUGGGUCUGUCACUAGGCGCCAUCGAGGCAGCAUUGUUGCUCUUUUUGCUUUCUGUCUGUAGACUGAGACCUGCAGAGACCCACCACUGACAGGUUUUAAAAGAAGUGACAUGAGUGGUCAUGGAUCAUUCAUGCACUUUGUGCACUGACAAGCUGGUGAGAAAUUUAUAUUUUAUGUGAUUCCCCAUGGUUAAAGUACAGUGGUAACUGAUGUGUGAAUCUGGUUAUUACAGGAAAGGUGUUAACUAUGGUAACUAAAAUUUGUGCAUCUCAAAUUGAGCACUUCCUGUGUAUUACAAAGAAACUGGGUCUUGAAAAGCUGAAAUGAUUGCUGGCAGUCACAGAGCUGAAAAAGUGGCAGGGAUCUAUUAACAUAACUUAUUUAAUGUUUCUGCCCUUUGAUAUUGUAAGGCACAGUCUGUUUCUCAGGGCUUCUGUCAAAGUAAAUACUGACGGAAUGUAAAUUACAAAUGGCUGUCUUUGAUAGAAUGUACUGGGAUGUCUAAUCAGGUCUGUAGCCCUGUAGGGAUUCUUUGUGCAGCUUGGCCGACUGUCUUAAGGUUGCCAGGGCAGGCAUAUAAAACUGAUUAUUGUUCAAAGCUGCUUGGUAGCUGGUGACACACCUGACCUUAUAUGAGGUGGUUACUUGGAGUGAAUCAACAGUCUUCAGCCUUUAGAGUGAAGGACGGACCAUCCCAGAACAAACAAACAAAAAAACCCAGGAAAGGAAGGGAACAUCCCUGCAGUCAAGUGGAGGAAACAGCUCAGCAGUGCUGGUGGCGAUCUCUGGUUUAGGACGGGGCUGCAAACGUGGUGGGUAAGGGAGCCAGCAGGCGCUGCAUCUAGGCAAAGCCUCUGGUGCUGGCAUCCCAUAUGGGUGCUGGUUCGAGUCCCUGCCUCUGAUUCAGCUCUCUGCUAGUGGCCUGGGAAGGCAGUAAAGAAUGGCCAGAGUUCUUGGCCUCCUGGACGAAGCUCCUGGCUUUGGAUCAUCCCAGCUCCUGCUGUUGCAGCCAUGUGGGGAGUGAACAAGUGGUUGGAAUACCUUUCUCUUUCUCUCCCUCUAUGACUCUUAUCUCUCAAAGAAAUAAAUAAAAUCUUAAAAAAAAAAAAAAAAAGUGGUGGGUAGGGAUACGACAUUCCCAGCCUUUGGUUUCAAGGCUGGGUUCAGUAUGGCUCUGCUCAACUGGUAUUGGCCAGGCGGGUGGUAGUGGUCACAACUGGGUGGGCCUGAGUCCGAGGUACAGUCUUGCCCUUGAAACGUUGAGGGGCAUCUCAAAUUGUUCAGAGUAGAGAAGAGCUGUGAUGUGGAGAUAGACUGGAUCAAUACCCAGACCUGGAAAAUGAAGACUGGGAAAGAAAUCCAAUUCGUGAGGAAAAGACUGGCAUGCUUUAGUGCCUGAAAAAUGCCGACCUUUAUGCAUGGCUCUCGUUUAUUGAUGAUAUCAUUCCACUAAAGAUCUUGUUGGUAAGUGGUAUAGGUAAUUUAGAGAUAAAGAAACUGAGUUAAAUAACUUCCCUGAUGUCACAGAUCUAGUAAGUGAUAAAAUUGGUAUUAAAAAAAGGUCCUUUUUAAUAUACCACAAAGGUGGUAUAUUAGGUGAAAGAUGCCAGUCUCAAAUAUUUAAAGAAAAAUAUUUGAGGAGUGUUUCAUUCAUCUUUGAUCUUAAACUGGCUGUUGUAUGUAACUUAGAUGAUUGUACUUUUCUGUAGAAAUAAUGUUUGAAAAUGUGAUUUGGUGUCCAGUCCAUAUGGCAACAACCAAUUUUAACUUGCAUAUAUGAGAGAGUACUUCAAAAAGUUCAUGGAAAAUGGAAUUAGGAAUAAGCUUCUCUUGGUGCAAAAAAUUGAAAUCCAUAGUUUUGUCAUCCUAGGCAUUUCCCUAGACUUUUUAAAGACCUACCCCUCUUAUAUGUGUCUCCCUGUGUGUCUCUUUCUCUGCUAUUUAAAAUGCAUGUAAUCGUUAUUUUAAGAAUUGAACAAGGGCUCCCAUAUUCAUGCAAAUAUUUAAACUCUAAAGUCUCAUGUUAAUGGUUGGUGGGUUAAGGGUGGAGAAUUGAUCUAAUUAUGGUGUCUGAAGUAUAUGCCUGGAAGGUGGUUCUCCCCAGAGAGGUGAUUAUUUGUGUUAGGCCUGGCUGUUGGCCCACCUUGUCGUGGUUCCUCCUCACCUGCUCCUUGUCACUGCAGUUGUCUGCCAGAUACCAGACUAACAGGGGCUGUGCUGUCCUGUGCUAUGUGAGCCUCCAAACUAAGCUGAAAUAAUCUUACUCUUUCCAGGAAACUCUUCUCAGGUAUUCUAAAAUAAUGAAAAUCUGCCUAAGGCAAUUAUGUAAAAUAUUACAUUUCAAGUCGUAGGGUGGGAAAAUAGGGAACUCUGUUCUUCAUGUUGAGGUCAGCCUCUGCUAGCAGCACUGCUGAUGGCUAGGAGGACCAGUAGCUGGUACACGUUCCUCUGCUCAAGAGUGGCAUCUGUCUUCACCUCUGUCUUAUGAGAAGGGCCCUGUUAGUAACUCAUUCCUUAGGUGUUUGAAAUGUGGGAAUAAAAGGACUUGAUAGACUCUAGAUUCAGUUUAUCUAACCAUGUAGAUGUUCUUAGUGAAUUGGUUUUGUGUAUUGGGGCGGGACUGUGUCUUAAUAAUUGAAGCUCUUUUGAUAGCAAACAAUGAAAACACACUCUAGCCAACUGAAAAUAAUGCUGAUUCUCGGGCUGUGGAACUAUUUUGCUUUCUGUGUUGCUGGGUCUCCUUAAAGACCAGAGCCUGGAGUUGUGUUUUUGUUUUAUUUAUUUAUUUAUUUAUUUAUUUUUAAGAUUUAUUCAUUUAUUUGAAAGGCAGAGUUACAGAGAGGCAGAGGCAGAGAGAGAGGUCUUUGAUCUGCUGGUUCACUCCCCAAAUGGCCGCAAGGCUGGAGCUGAGCUGGUCCAAAGCCAGGACCUUCUUCCAGGUGUCCCGUGUGGGUUCAGGGGCCCAAGCAUUUGGGCCAUCUUCCACUGCUUUCCCAAGCCAUAGCAGAGAGCUGGAUCGGAAGAGGAGCAACUGGGACUCCAACUAGCCCCCAUAUGGGAUGCUGGCCCUGCAGGCAGCGGCUUUAUCCGAUGUGCCACAGCACUAUCCCGGAGCCUGGAGUUCUGCUAUCUACUCUAAGCUUUCUCCCCUGCAUCCUCUGACUCUCUGGUGCUGGGGUCACCUGAAGGCGUGUUUCUCCUUGCUCACCAGCUUCUUUCUCUUCUCCCUCUUCCCCUCUGAACCCCCACCCCCUUCAUGGCCACUUACUGGCUUCCUGCAGACUUCUGGGCACAAGGUUCUGGAGGACUUGAUUCCAGCUCGUGAUUUUUAUAUCCCCUUGUUUCAAUGGCAAACAGAUUCUAAUGAGAGUCUCUAACACCUGAUUCUAAAAUCCCAAGAUACAAAAUGAAUUUCUCCCAGCUUGAGUUAGGGACCCAGCAUUUGUUAGAUGCCCAACACUACUACCUUCAUGUGUGGCCCAGGGGUGAGGCAGAAAGGGAGUAGUGGUGAAAUCCAGUCACCUAUCUGUUAGGGCAUGGUGGAUGGAGAAUGGGUCCUGCCUGCUGAGCUUUUUUAUUUGGCUUUUUUAUUCAUGGCUUUCUAUGUUUUACUACUUUUAGACUAAGAAAGCAGUUACCACUGCACAUUCUGUGCCUUCAAAUGAAACUUCCACAUCCGUAGUAUCUGUGGUGAUAAUAAAGAGCUUGCAAAAACUGUAAUAUAAAGACUGACCAGGAGUGGACUUGAUCUGAGAAUAUGGAAGAAUUUAUUUUAAAUAAAAUCUGUCUUUUCACUUAAUUUGUAACAGCUGCUGAUCUGAUUGAUCUGAAAACACAUCUGUUGUUCUGUCUAGGUGUAAGAUGCCUGUUAGUUACAGUCUGUGCUGCUUCAUUGCAGUGAGAACUAUCAAAAGUGAAUACGAAAUCAGUUUUUCAGUAUUUUAUUUGUGAGGGAUGAAUGGAAGAAUCAAACUUUUAUGAUAAUCUUGUCAUCUAUUUUUAGUUCAGUGGAAGAAGCAGCAUGGCCCAGGGGACUAGGGAGGAUGGGGAUUUGGGAGCUCUGAGAUUUAUCUGUUUUGCAACUGACUUACAUUGUGACCUUGAAAAAGGAGAUUAACCUCUGUGUACUUCACAUGUAAAAUGGGAUUUUCUUGAUAGGAAUACAGGUACAUUACAAUAUGAGCAAAACGAAUACUAAAAAAGAUUGUAUACAAAGCAGGAGUGAUAGCCUUUAAAAUUCAGUAGCCCAUAGCUUAAAAAAGAUUCUACCUAGAAUAUGAAGACCUGACCUCUUCAUAUUCGUUAGACCAAUCAGCAAGAGUUAAAUUCACACCUUGUUUAAAAAAUUCCAUGUACUGGAAAGAGAAACACAUGACUCUGUAUCAUAGAAUUAUGAUAAGGACUUUGAAUCUGUGAGGUAUACUUCAAAAACUUUUAUAGGCUGUAGUAAACAAAGAAUAUCCCAUUACCUUGGAUUUGGGGUGAACUUUAUCCAAUAUAAGCAUGCCAUAAGAGCUCUCUUUUGCUCUAUUUUGGCUUUUGUGUUGAAAUCAGUGUCAUCUGUUGGUCAUGGCAUUAGAAUAUAUGCUGAGGUCUUGGCUCUGUUGUGUAGCGGGUAGAGCUGCCGCCUGCAGUGCCAGCAUCCCAUGUGAGCACUAAUUUGAGUCCCGGCCGCUCCAUUUCCAAUGUAGCUCUCUGCUAUAGCCUGGGAAAGCAGUAGAAAGUGGCCCAAGUGCUUGGGCCCCUGCAUCCACAUGAGAGACCUGGAAGAAGCUCCUGGUUCCUAGCUUCUGAUUUGCUCAGCUUUGGCUGUUAUGGCCAUUUUGGAGAGUGAAGCAGCAGAUAGAAGACUCUGUCUCUCUCUGCGCCUCUUUCAAAUAAAUACAUCUUAAAAAAAUAGAUACAUGCUAAGUUCACCUGUGCCCUGCUCUGUCAUCCAGACCCUGUGCAGUCUGACUUUAUCUAUCACCACUAGCACUGUUGACUUGCCCAUAUUAUGGUGAUCUUAUGCCUCCUUUUGUAUCAGUUCUACAGAAGGCAAAAUAUCCUAAAAUCUAACAUGUAAAUAAGCUAAAAGGAUUAAAGUAGUAGGCAGAAAUAGUGGUUUGUUGUAUAUUUAUUUAUAUUGUAUUUGCAUAACAGUCUUCCUAGAGGGAAGAUGUGCACUUUGCUUUAUUUCCCAUAGAAAAACCCUUGGAGCACAGUGGCUAGAGUGUGUUCCUGAGCUUCAGUAACCCAGGUUUGUUGGCUUCCCAGGGUGAGCUUAAGCCUGCCCUGUCACAAGGGUGUAGGUUGACUGGGUUGUGGAACAGACUGAUUGCCAUACUUCAGUUGCGUUAGAAGAAGUCAAUUUCUCCUCAAAAACAUGGUAACAAAAUUGGAUCGUAAUGCUUAAAUAGAAUUAUUGUUCUCUACCUAAAGGAUUCUCCCAAAUCAGUCUGAAGAUGACUACUGUUGUAUCACCCAUUUUGGAAAGAAUUGCAUGAUUGAGUUCAGUCAUUGUACAGAUUAAUAGCAUGUUCUUACUAACUUGUAAAUAUUCAUUUACAGGAAGGAGUGACUAGAAUCUUUGAGUUCUUUCAUAUUGGUGUUGAGGUUUCUGAGUUGUUAGUUUUCCCUUCAUUUUAGAGAAAAGUUUUUCCAAAAAUUCUUCUUGAUUGCAAAAUGUAUCCCCUGAGAUUCCAGACAACAUAGCUCAUGCUGACCAGUUGAUUCCAAGUGUGACAACACAGUAUUUAGCAAGUCCCAGUGAAACCAGGCGGAGGUCAGAGACUAUGCCUGGCUUUGCCUGCAUUGGUUAACUGCUGCAAUCCUUGAUUUUAUCUGGCUUCAAAUGACUGUUACAACAGUCAUAAAUUGUGUAGCCCUUUGCAAUUCUGUGUAAUCCAAAAGUUUUCACCCUUCAAAGGGCAUUUGUUAGUUGCUGUUUGGUGUAGUCGCUUCGUUAUUUUUGAAAACGAUUUAUUCAUUUAUUUGAAAGAGAGGGACGGAGGGAGAGAGAGAAAAAGGGAUACAGAUCGAUCUAUCUUCUGACUGUUGGUUCACUUUCCAGAUGGCUGCAGUAGCCUUGGCUGGGCCAGGCCAAAGCCAGGAGCUUCAUCUGGGUUUCCCUUGUGGGUGGCAGGGACCCAAACACCUGGACCAUCUUCUGCUUUUCCUGGGUCAUUGGCAGUGAGCUGGGUCAGAAGUGGAGCUGCCAGGCAGGAACCAGAGCCCUUGGGGUUGAUGGCUUCCCAGGCAGCCCCCGGUACAGUCUCUUUAACACUUGAGAGGAGGGUAUGUCGGCCAGAUUUCUUCAUUUUCAUGUUUUCCUGGGAAGGUGCAGUCUUUUGCUUCGGCCCCUUCUGGAAGACUACACCUCAAGACUGCGUUCAUGUUCCAGAGACACAGAAACGGCCUUCCUGCGGAGAGUUUGGUGUGGUGGCCUUCCUGUCACUGGACUGCACACAGGGAGGAGAAAGCAGAAGCUUAGAGAAACCCCAAGAAUCCCUCUUUGCUCUGUUCCAGCCUGCCCCAAGAUUCUGACACCUCAUAGCUGUUAUCGGGGAGCUGGAUCAGAAGGGGAGCAGCUGGGACUCAAACCUGUGCCCAUAGAGGAUGCCAUCAUCGCAGGCAGCAGCUUAACCCACUGUACUGUGGCACCAGCCCCAGGAACUGUCUUUGGAUCUACUUGGUGCAGUCUUUUGCUUCGGCCCCUUCUGGAAGACUACACCUCAAGACUGCGUUCAUGUUCCAGAGACACAGAAACGGCCUUCCUGCGGAGAGUUUGGUGUGGUGGCCUUCCUGUCACUGGACUGCACACAGGGAGGAGAAAGCAGAAGCUUAGAGAAACCCCAAGAAUCCCUCUUUGCUCUGUUCCAGCCUGCCCCAAGAUUCUGACACCUCAUAGUGCAGUCUUUUGCUUUGGCCGCUUCCGGAAGACUACACCUCAAGACUGCGUUCAUGUUCCAGAGACACAGAAACGGCCUUCCUGCGGAGAGUUUGGCGUGGUGGCCUUCCUGUCACUGGACUGCACACAGGGAGGAGAAAGCAGAAGCUUAGAGAAACCCCAAGAAUCCCUCUUUGCUCUGUUCCAGCCUGCCCCAAGAUUCUGACACCUCAUAACACCCAUGGUGAAGACUUUUGAGUGCCGCCUCAUGGUGGAGCUGAGUGCUUCCUGCUGGGACUGUGGGAUCUUCCUGGGAUGCCAGGGUGGCACAGCAAGCCAUGGUGCUCUGGAGGCUGUCACUGAAUCUGUGUGUAGCUUAGAAGGUAAAACUGUGUCUUUCCAGUAGUAUGGAGCAGAGCCUCAGGACGAGGAGAUGGUCCUAUCAGAACUUGAUGCUGGGGCUGGCGCUGUGGCACAGCAGGAUAAAGUGUUGGCCUGCAGUACUGGCAUCCCAUAUGGGUGCUGGUUCAUGUCCCGGCUGCUCCACUUCUGAGCCAGCUCUCUGCUAAGCCCUGGGAAAGCAGUAGAAGAUGACCUGAGUCUUUGGGGUCCUGCACCCGUGUGGGAGACCUAGAAGAAAAUUCUGGCUCCUGGCUUUGGAUCAGCUCAGCACUGGCCAUUGGCAGUCAUUUGGGGAGUGAACAAGCUGUUGGAAGACCUCUCUGUCUCUGUCUCUGUCUCUCUAACUCUUUCAAAUAAGUAAAAUAAAUCUUUUUUAAAAAAGAACUUAAUGCUAAUGUGUGCAUUUGUUCUAACUUGGAAAGGAAAUCUCAUUCCUCUGCUUCAAGUCACCUUGCAAUUCAGGAAGGGCAGCAUUUUUUUUCGUUGG